GUCAAAUCCACCUCUUUUUCCUUCUCCUUUCUCACCCUUAAAACCCCCCCUUCCUCUCACCUUCUUUGUUAAGAAAGCCUCCUCUUUUUCCUAUUUGAUUCACACUUUCACACUCUCUAAGACCAAUCCCUUAUAUCCCCCUCCACUCAGCACAACAUAACUCGCCACUUCACCAACAAUUUUUCACUCCAAUAUCCCACUUUUGUAACUUUUAUGAAUGAUCCAUUUGGCAUCCUUUUUGGAUAUAACUUCCUUCCCCUACUCAUUUUCUUUCAGAGUUUCUCUGCAAAACUUUAAUUUGUUGUAAUUGGUUCUUCUCAACAAAUGGAAGAGAGUGCGCAGUGCGAACAAGUUAGUGUCAUUGAUGAGUUGCUGCUAGGGAAGGAGCUCACAAAGAAGCUUUGUGAGCAACUAUUCUCAUCUUCCUCUUCCUCAUCAUCAUCCUCCUCCUCUUCUUGUGACACAAAUGAAGUCUUGAUUGAGAAAAUAAUUUCCACCAUGGAGAAGGCACUUGCCAAGGUGAAUUGUAUGGCUAAUGUAGGAGAAAGUAAGGCCAUGAUGGAUUCCCAUUGCUCUUUCACAAAUGGUAGUCCCAAAAGUGAGGUCGUGGAGCCUGAGGUUGAGCACAAACAUGUCUCUAAGAAAAGAAAGACCAUGCCAAGGCGGAGAGAGCAAGUGGAGGUGUGCUUGGGAACAGAAGGAAAUAAGGAAGAUGGCUAUAGCUGGAGAAAGUAUGGGCAGAAGGACAUUCUUGGAGCAAAGUUUCCAAGGGGAUAUUACAGAUGCACAUAUAGAAACAUACAAGGAUGUCUGGCCACUAAGCAAGUGCAAAAGUCAGAUGAAGAUCCAAUGAUAUACGAGAUAACAUACAUAGGAAGACACACAUGCACCCAAGCAAGUCACUUGAAAAAGACAGCGGUGCCCCCAUCAAAAACCAAGGUGAGAAUCGAAGAAAACAAGCACCAAACCAAUGAAAAGAAUCAACCACAACAAGAGAAAAUAGAGCAACCCCCAGAGACAAUUUUCUCCUUUGGAUCACAAGGUGAAGUUAAAGUAGAGGAUUUGGACUUAGAAAUUUUCCCAUCAUUUUGCUUCUCUUCUCCAUCAGUAGGGUCUGAAAACGAGGAAAACAACAACAUCUUCCCUCACUCCAUGAUCGACAACAACUUAUUGGAAAACUUCUCUUCUUCAUUCAUGUCUACAACAAUAACUUCAGAAUCAGACAUGUUCUGCAACUGGGAGAGCAUUGGACUAGGCCAAAGUGUGCAUAACUCCACUUCAGAUAUUACUGAUAUAGUUUCCACACCAACUUCAGCCACCUAUUCCUCAAUAAUGGACCUUGAUGAUAUCUUCCUUGAUAAGAACGAUUUCGACACAGAUUUUCCUAUGAACACCAGAGAACUUUGCAUUUGAUCAAUUGUCUCACAAGUUAACAGCAUAUAUAAUUUAUAUGCAGAUUAACAGCGAGCUUUGUAGAUCCUGACUACCAUCAUAACCGAGGAAGCAAGUCUUUGAAAAUCAUAGUGUCCAGAAGACAGUAAAAUUUCCCUCUCAUGCUGGUUAAGAAGAAUUUUGGUGUAAAUGUGAAAAUAGUUUGCAGGUUGUAGCUAGCUGUAGUCUUUUGUUGUUUCUCUCUUCAGUGGUAGCAUGAUCAAGUAUCUUCUUCUGGUUCAUACAGCCAAAAAUUGUUAAAUAAAUGAAUUUUUACCUCCAUACAUCUGCUCUUCAAAAUUAUGAUCAGCAUUUUUCACUAUAUCAAGGCUAACCAAUGGACUAUUUCACCUACCAAAAGACAGAAUUAUGACCAAAUGCUCUAAUAGUUACUGACAGAUUUUUAGAUAUUUCCUAGAUUAAGCAUGCUUCGAGGAAAAACAGCUGCAUAUGUCCCCUCGUGAGGAUUGGGACCACAAAGCAUCAUUCAUGAAGUUACAACCCUCGUCUUAUAUAACUCAAAGGCUAAAGGGAAUCAUAAUUCCUCAGAAGGAAACAAAUACAUUAGGAUAAAUGGAGUUUAGAUGCGUCUGAACAUGAAAUCUUUAUCAGUAGUAUGAAUAAAAAGGAUGAAUAGAAAGGAGUUGUGGAUUGUCUUCAUUAGCAACUAACCAUGCUUCUCUAAAUCCUAUAUUUUUGUGAACAUGGUGAAUAAACAUUAUCUUUAUUCUCA